AAAAUGGAAAGGUAUUUCUUUCUGAGAGAUGCAAGUGGCUUCUUGGGCAUAUGCUAUUAUCUUCCUUCCAAAAUGUCACUGUUCCUCUAUCUGAUUCUCUUGGUACUUGGGCUUCAUGUUACAAUCCAUUGUGCACCGCCUAACAGCUCAGAAGGCAAAGUAACCACCUGCCAUUCACCUCAACAAAAUGCUACUCUCUAUAAGAUGUCAUCCAUCAAUGCUGACUUUGCAUUCAACCUGUACCGGAGGUUUACUCUGGAGACCCCAGAUCGGAACAUCUUCUUUUCCCCUGUGAGCAUUUCUACAGCUUUGGCCAUGCUUUCCUUUGGGUCCUGUUCCAGCACCCAAACUCAGAUCCUGGAGGUCUUAGGGUUCAACCUCACAGACACUCCACUGGCAGAAAUCCAGCAUGGCUUCCAGCAUCUGAUCUGUUCAGUGAAUUUUCCAAAGAAGGAACUGGAAUUGCAGAUGGGAAAUGCUCUCUUCAUUGGGAAGCAGCUGAAACCACUGGCAAAGUUCUUGGAUGAUGUCAAGACCCUCUAUGAGACUGAUGUCUUUUCUACCGACUUCUCCGAUGUUUCUACAGCCAAGCAGGAGAUCAACAGUUAUGUGGAGAAGCAAACCAAAGGGGACGUUGUGGGCCUAAUCCAAGACCUCAACCCAAAUACCAUCAUGGUCCUGGUGAACUAUAUUCACUUGAAAGCCCAGUGGGCAAAACCUUUUGAUCCAUCCAAGACAGAAGACAGAUCCAGCUUCUUAGUGGACAAGACCACCAUGGUGCAAGUGCCCAUGAUGCACCAGGUGGAACAGUACUAUCACCUGGUGGAUAUGGAACUGAACUGUACAGUGCUGCAAAUGGAUUACAGCAAGAAUGCUCUGGCACUCUUUGUCCUUCCCAAGCAGGGACAGAUGGAGUGGAUAGAAGCAGCUAUGUCAUCUAAAAUACUGAAGAAGUGGAAUCGCUUGCUGCAGAAGGGGUGGGUUGACUUGUUUGUUCCAAAGUUUUCCAUUUCUGCCACUUAUGACCUUGGAGCCAUGCUUCUGAAAAUGGGCAUGCAGGAUGCCUAUGAAGAAGAUGCUAAUUUUUCUGGACUCACAGAGGACAAUGGUCUCAAACUUUCCAGUGCUGCCCACAAGGCUGUGCUCCACAUUGGUGAAAAGGGAACAGAAGCUGUAGCUGUCCCUGAAGUCAGACUUCUGGAUCAGCCUGAAAAACCACUCCUUCACCCUAUUAUCCGAUUUGAUAGAUCCUUCAUGCUGAUGAUUUUGGAGAAAAGCACCAGGAGCAUUCUCUUUCUAGGGAAAGUUGUGGACCCAACAGAAAUGUAGUUAGGAAAGAGGCCGUUGGCUGAUUGCAUGUACAUAUUGCAAUGGGAAAUAAAUGAAUAAUAUAGCCUGA